CGAACACGAGACCUCUUUGCAGGCUGGCCUAAUUAGUAAUCACUGAUUGAACUUUUUCGAUGCAACUUGAUGGUGCUUCAAUCGUCAAUACUCAAUACUGCCACCACACCACUCUUUCCAUGUUCCACACUGGGUACCAUUAUUGCCAAAUCUGAUAUACCUUUCCAAACAGAAGCAGAGCAAUUCCGCUGACACAAGCUUCCAAGAAUUACAAGGACCCUUUCACCUCCGGCAUGCCUUACACGUCCGGAUUUGUCAUCACCCAUUUGCCCCUUUGCCAGAAUUUCAACUUCCCCUUGCUGUCCAUAUAGUUCACCUCAGCUUUCCCAACACUUCAUCAGCCAUUGCAAAAAACCAUGGACUCUGUCCAUGAGAUCGCAAUCACCGGUCAAAACCUGCCGGCCAAGUACAUCUACACCGACGGCAUAAACCUGAGCCAGGACCCAUCGAUUCCUCUCCCCCUGCUGGAGAUUCCAGUGGUCGAUUUCAAUCGCCUUGCGACUCCAUCCAUCGGCACCGGAGAAGAGCUAGAGAGGCUUCGUUCAGCUCUCAGCUCGUAUGGUUGCGUCAUGGUAACAAACCACAGAGUGGCAAGUUCACUCAUGGACAGAGUGCGGCUGGUCUUCAAGCAAUUCCUUGCUCUUCCCAUGGAAGAGAGGCUGAAAUGGCAGAAGGAAGUUGACGGGUUUGAUGGGUAUGGUAGUGACAUGAUAGUUACCAAAGAUGUAGCAGUAGUUCAUGACUUUUCUGCGCGACUGCGUCUAAUCACAUGGCCUGAAGACAGGAGACAGAUGAAGUAUUGGCCUGAAAAGCCACAUGAUUUCAGGGAAGUUCUCGAUGAAUAUAGCAGCAAGUUACGAGUGCUGCACGAUGCAACUCUGAAGGCCAUGGCGAGGUCAUUGAGCCUGGAAGAUGACAGCACGUUUCUGAAGGUGAUCAGAGAAGGAGGGACGAUCUCUUCAAGAUUCAACUUCUACCCGCCAUGUCCAACACCCGAUCGCGUUCUGGGGCUCAAGCCGCAUUCUGAUGGAACAGUAAUCACCUUCUUGCUGCAAGACAGAGAAGUAGAAGGGCUUCAGGUUCUGAAAGAUGAGCAGUGGUUCAGAGUUCCAAUCGUUGCAGAUGGUCUUGUUCUCAAUGUUGGAGACCAACUAGAGAUAAUGAGCAACGGGGAGUUCAAGAGCCCGAUUCACAGAGUGGUUCUGAACACGAAGAAGGAGAGGAUAUCCAUGGCUACACUUUCUUUCCCUGAGGAGGGUAAACAAAUCGAACCAUUUGAAGGUUUAGUUAGUCGAGAAAGGCCGAGGCUUUACAGGCAGGUGAAGUACAAUGGAGUUACCCAACUGGGUUACUAUCAGAGUGGGAAGAGAGUAACAGAUGAGAAUCUGCUUUUCAGCCGAUUUGAUAUUCCUUUCCAAACACCAGCAGGGCAAAUCCGCAAGACACAAGGUUCCAAGAAUUACCCUUUCACCGCCGCCAUGCCCUACACGAUUUGUCAACACAAGGUUCUGAAAGAUGGUCAAUGGUAUCGAGUUCCGGUCGUUGCAGAUGCCCUCGUCCUCAAUGCUGGGGACCAUUUAGAGAUAAUGAGUAAUGGGGAGUUCAAGAGCCCGGUUCACAGAGUGGUUCUGAACCCGAAGCGUGAGCGGAUUUCUGUGGUGAUAGCGUCUUUCCCUGAGGAGGGGAGACAGAUUGAGCCAUUGGAAGAUUUGGUUAGUGGAGAAAGGCCAAGACUUUACAGGCAGGUGAAGUACAGUGUAGUUGCCCAAGUUGGUUACUAUCACAGUGGGAUGAGACUAGCAGAUGUGGCGAGAAUCUGAGGGCUUUUUUUCCCAUCGUGGUUUAACCACUUCAUACGGGUAAAAACUCUAUAUUGGUUUGAGUUCUGAUUAUAGGGGUGGGCAUACGGUUCGGUAAAAUCAAAUCGAACUGAACCAAAUAUAGACAGAACCGAAACCAAAUUAAUGUUGUUCGGUUCGGAAAUUGGAAGGGGAAAAUGCAUAUUUCGGAAAUUGGGGUCCUUUUGACCAAAUCGAAUAGUCGAAUUACUAUAAUUUCAAACUCCAAAUGGUGGGUUUUUAGGUUUGUACUUGGUUUGAGACUUAAAUAUUUGAAUCAUGUUAGUGUUUUAUGACUUAUGUG